AUGGCCGCCGAGCGCCCGGAGCCCCGGAGUCCGAGCUCAGCGGCCCGGGAGCCGCGCUCCCCGGAGCCGCCGGACCUGGUCCUGGUGCCUGAUGACAGCAGCCCCACCACACCCCCAACUGACGUCAUUGAGAUCCAGGUGGUGAAAGUGACAGACACCACUCUGGUACCAGAGCCCCCGGAGCCAGGUUCUCUUCACUGUGCCUUGUGCCCAGCUGCCUUCCGGCUGGUCUCCGAGUUGCUGUUCCAUGAACAUGGCCACCUGGCGGGGGCCGAGGGCGGCGGGCAGGGUGCGGAUCCAAGCCGGUGUCAUGUGUGUGGCCACAGCUGUCCGGGCCCCGCCAGCCUCCGCGCCCACUACAGCCUGCACACGGGAGAGCGCCCUUACCGCUGCCCGCUGUGCCCCCGGGCCUUCAAGGCUCUGGCGCCCCUGCUUCGACACCAGCACCGGCACGGGGUGGAGCCAGGUACCUCUCAGAGGCCCCCAGAGGUGGCAGCAGCGGCGGCUCGGGGCCAGGGGCCAGGGGUGCCCCCGGAGCGGUCGGAGGUGGUGAUGGCGGCGGCGGCAGCGGGCGCAGCCGUGGGAAAGCCCUUCGCCUGCAGGUUCUGCGCCAAGCCGUUCCGCCGCUCCUCGGACAUGCGCGACCACGAGCGAGUGCACACGGGCGAGCGGCCCUACCACUGUGGCGUCUGCGGCAAGGGCUUCACGCAGUCCUCGGUGCUGAGCGGCCACGCCCGCAUCCACACCGGCGAGCGCCCCUUCCGCUGUGCGCUCUGCGAUCGCACUUUCAACAACUCCUCCAACUUCCGCAAGCACCAGCGCACACACUUCCACGGCCCCGGGCCGGGACUCAGAGACUCCAGGAGCCAGCUGGCGGCGGGGAUGGAGGGGCCAGGGGGUGGGCGUGGGGCGGGAAACACUUUAGAAGAGGGGCGUGGGCAGACAGCGACCAUGAAGGUGGAGGUGGACCAAUAA